AUGUCUACCAUUCAAACAAUCAAGACCCAGUACACGUCUGUCGAGGGCAUCAAGGUCGCCUAUCGCCACUUCGGAAAGCCAAGUGCUGUUCCGCUGCUCUUCGCGAACCACCUGCGUGGGUCCAUGGACACGCUGGACCCCCUCCUCUUCAAUACUAUUGCCAAUAACCGAGAAGUCCUCAUCUUCGAUAACUUUGGUAUCGGCCACAGCGAUGGCGAAGUCCCCCAGACUAUUGCCCGCAUGGCCGAGAUUGCCGCCAAGUUCCUAGCUGCCAUCAAGGUCGACAAGGCCGACGUCAUGGGCUUCUCAAUGGGAGGUGGUGUGGCCCAGGUCCUCGCCUGGGACUACCCGCACCUGGUUCGCAAGUUGAUCCUCGCCGGCACCCAGUCUGCUAUCGGUGAAGGUGUCGUCCUGCCACCGCGGGAUGUGCUAGAGAGUGCGGGAGCCGACAGUGACCAGCCCCCUACUAAGAAGGAUAUGCUUUACCUCUUCUUCUACCCCUCCGAUACUAGUUUGGCGCUUGGUCAGAACUGGUGGGACCGGAUUCACGAGCGCAAUAUUGAGGGAGAAGGGCGCAGAGGGUACCUUACCGGGCAGGGAGCGCAGUCGCAACUGUCGGCCAUCUUCUCCCAAACCAUCGACGAGAAGAACUUUGAGCGCCUCAAGGAUAUCAAGGCGCCAACGUUGGUAACCAACGGGCACGAUGAUAUCAUGUCCCCGACGCCUAAUAGCUUUGUACUCCAGCAACAGAUUGCCAACGCCCAGCUGAUUAUAUAUCCCGACUCAGGCCAUGGCCAUCUGUUCCAGGUGCCUGAGUUAUAUGCCCAGCACCUUGAGCUAUUCCUCGGAGAUCCCCAGGCGGCCUGA